AUGACAGGAAGAGGCCGAGCUCUGGCAGAUAGUAUGAAACCUAAGAAAGUGGACGUGCUAUGUGUGCAGGAAACAAGAUGGAAGGGGAACAAGGCGAAAGAAUUAGGCGAAGGGUACAAGUUGAUAUAUGGAGGAGCAAAUGGAGAAGGAAGAAAUGGAAUUGGAAUUAUUUUAUCACGUGCCAUGAAAGAUUUAGUGACGAAAGUGAACAGAGAGAGUGACAGAAUCAUGUGGAUACGAUUAGCCCUUGAAGAUUUCUCAAUGAAUAUAUUUAGUGUGUAUGCACCACAAGAGGAGGCACUGAUAAUGAAAAAGAACAGUUUUGGGCGCACUACAAGACCUGAAAAAAAGUUGAUGAGUGUGAAAGAUGCAUAUUGGAGCUGUCUUGCAGAAGCAGAAAAAGGAAAAAUUACAACUCAAAGAAGGAUAAAAUGGUUUAAACUGAAGGAAAAUGAUUUCCAACAAGAGUUCAAAGACGAAUUCUAA